UCAGACGGUGCACUUCGCUCGUCGAAAGUCAACCUAAGUCACCCUAGACAUUCAAAAGUUUCUAAUUUGAAUAAUUACCGAUAGAAUCGAUAGUGUUCAGUGUGUUGUACACCCCAAAUACCGGAGCUUGUGUUUUAGUGAGGACGUUGAAGUGUUAUUGGAUACCAAAACUACGGGACAGUGACAAAUAGACUAAAAAAUGGUGAAUAUGGAGGGCUCGAGUGAGCAGCAGACAGUGACGGCAUCGCCACCCCCGCGAGCACCCCUAAAGAGUAACUUCAGCAUCCGGAGUAUACUCCCGGAGGCUUGUACUGGCACUCCGUCAACCCCAACGAAUCAGCCUUCGAUCUCCCCAACGAUCUCUCACCCCGAUGACAGCGAUGAUUCCAGUGAUUUGGAUGUGACUGGCGACGGGGCUGAGACACCGCCACUCGAUUGCUCUCGUAAUGCAGCCAGCGAGAGCCCCUCGAGCCAGCAAAAUCAGCAGAGUGAGGAGAAGAAGAAGAACGAAAAGCCACCGUACAGUUACAACGCCCUCAUAAUGAUGGCAAUUCGUCAGAGCCCCGAGAAACGUUUGACAUUGAACGGCAUCUACGAGUACAUAAUGCGCCACUUUCCUUACUACGAGACCAACAAGCAGGGCUGGCAAAAUUCAAUUCGUCAUAAUUUGUCGCUUAACAAGUGCUUUGUUAAAGUACCACGUCACUACGAUGAUCCGGGAAAAGGCAACUACUGGAUGCUGGACCCGAGCUCCGAGGAUGUGUUCAUUGGUGGUACCACUGGUAAAUUGAGGCGGAGAACGACAGCGGCUUCGAGAUCAAGAUUGGCGGCUUUCAAAAGGAGUGUUGUGCUUGGUGGACUUUAUCAAACACCUUAUGUACCACCAGUGUGGCCAGCAUCCCUGUACCCAUUGCCUUAUCUACACAGAGCUGGAUAUCCACCAGCGAGUGGUGCUUAUCCAACACCGGCAGGCUAUCCCGCCAGUUUAUUACCUGGCUCCACCAGCAUGCCCUGCAAGCCCCAGCCAGUGCCAGCCACAGCAGCCCCACCGAAUCACGGGGCUUUCUCCAUGGAGAGACUUCUUCAAGCACCAACGGGAUACCCCAGUGGCCUGUCAGCACCGGCCAUGCCUUCUGCUGGCAAUCCUUACGACUUCUACACCACCCUGAGGAAUCUCGCCGCCCAUCAACAGCAUCAGGCUGUCUUUGGACAGCCCAGGUAUCAUUUGGGCCAACAUCAUCUACCCAGUCAACCAACUUCAACGACAGCAUCUCCUGGUAGCAGCCCGGAACCAAUGUCUCCACACUCACCACCAACCUCCGCUUGCAAUUCCGUCGGCCAGAGCAGGCCUCAUACUCACAGUCCACCGAUGCUGCUGCUGAAACCCAUCACUGUUCUCACUGGGAGGCAGAGCUGAAUUACAACUGAUUCACGAGUUACCGUUACCAGUGAUUAAAUUUUUUAUAUAUAUUUUUUCCUUUUUUAUUGUUCUAGAACAAUACCGAGCUGGUGUUUUUUGGCAGACGUACGGCUUUAUUUAUCGCGAGAAAUAACUUCGUCAGGAAAUUUUCCUCUGGUCCUCACCACAAGGACAACUUUUUCAGUACAAGAAGAUUUAUGAAAUCAUAAAUGAUAUCUAUUCAUUAAACAGUUUUGUAGGCUUAACUAUAAAAAGUUUUAAUAUAGAAAUCACCAGAAUUUCUACGAAAAUGAAUUUUCUUGUGAUGAAUAAGUAGGUUUAUUUUUCGUACAAGCACAACAUUUCUUGACAUUUCAUUUAUACUUGUUAGUAUGAAAUGUAAAUAAGUAAAAUUGUUGAUACACAUAAAGAUGUAUCUCUGAACAAAACUCUUGCCUUCUCAGCGAAAUCUGAGGGACCUCACAGCCCUAGUACGGCCCUACAUGAGGGAUUUACGAGUGAUCUCAGGGGUUUCUUUAGAAUCAAAACCCAAGAAAUUUAUCAGGCAAGAGUUUAAUUAUUUCCGAAUUACCAAAUUUCGAGGCGCAACUGCACAAGUGGAGGCCUCUCCGAGUGAUGAUAAAGGUUUAGAAAAUGAUAUUAUAUUGUAUAUAGAACUGAGAGAACUAUUAUAUUAGUGAUUUAGAUUGUAUAAUUAUCUGAGAUCUCUCGUUGACGAAUGUUCGUUUCUAUCAAUCGUGACAUUCGGCAAUUUUUAUGUUUAUUAUUUGUACAGAGAAAAGAAAAGAGAAAUUAUUAACGAUUCUGAGGUGUUGUAUAUAGAGAUGGGAGGAGAUCAAUAUGAAUAAAUGUUCACAACCUUUUUUUAUAACUCAAUGUU